CGUUCUUAAGUUAUCAAACAAAACAAAUAUGUAAAUAGUAAUAAAUCAUGGCGACACUCACUACUUUUACAAGAUUAUUUAAUUUUGGUACAAAUACUUGUAUCAAAAAAAUUCUUCCGACUUUAACAUAUAAAAAAUACUAUCCAGUAUCAAAAUUAUGGGAAAUAAGAGUAGAUGGAUAUCGUACUCGAUAUAAGUUACCUUGGUUUAAUUCAUCAUCAAAUUAUCAAGAAGAAAUACCUGAAUAUGAUGAAAAAAAAGAAAAAAUAGCAAUUGAUGUAAUUAAUGAAAUUAACAAACAAAUAGCUACUAAAUCGACUGGUCGCUUAUUUGCAGUCAUAUAUGUACUAGGAAAACAAUUUAAAGUCACAGAAAGUGAUAUUAUAGUCAUUGAAGGUAAUUGGCCACCUCAACCAGGAGAUGAAAUAAAAUUGGAAAAAGUAUUAUUAGUUGGCAGUAAAGAUUUUACUCUUAUUGGAAGACCUAUUCUAAAUAGAGAAUUGAUAUCAGUCGAUGCAAUUGUAAUACAAAAAACUUUGUCUCAUACAAUAACAAAUUUCAAAAUGAAAAAAAGGAAACAAUAUAAAAGAUUAAAUUUUUAUAGAAUACAUAGAACAAUGCUAAGAAUAACUUCUAUAAAUAUAAAUGGAGAUAUUGAUAAAAAGAAAGAAGUUGAAGGUUUAGAUAGAAUAUAUUAAUUAAUAAAUAAUAUAAUAUAUCCCAUAAUAUAAUGUAAAAUGUCAC